CCGAAAUGUCCCACCAUGGGCGUUCAGUUGGUACUUGCGGCGCUGGACUCCCGCCCACUACUUAGACGACGACAACGGAUGAUGCUGCGACGACUCGUCUGGACGACCGCCUUUAUGGGCACGACAGCGGCACAGAACGCUAUAAGCGCCGACAAACCUGCGUGCGACGUCAACCCCGGCGCGCUGUUGACAAAACCGACGCUGUCGUCACGAUGCGAACAGCUCUGCACGGCGGCGUCGCUCGACCUGCUCCAGCAGGCGGUGGCCAAGCCGCCUCCAUACUGCCUUGUGGUAGACGGGAAGCUCUUUUCAGCACAAAACACGACGCAAGAUGUGUUCACCCUCGUGGACGUGACGAAAUUGGCGUCGUCCGUUUCGCACAUCGAAGGCCUGCCGUCCAUAGGCCUCUCCAUAUAUCUCAACAACCUCGGUGUCACGACCAUGAACAAGUCCCUGGCAUACCGCGCGACCAAAGGCACCGACAUACGCGCCACGCUCCUAGACAUUUCGAGCAACUUGCUCACAACACUCUCCGGCACGACGUUCCCAAGCCGCCUUAUGACCCUCAUCGCCGACAACAACCAGCUCACGGACGCGUCCAACAUGACUGCCCCCGCGCUGUCCAUUCUGCAACUCAAAGCCAACGAAUUCACGGCCGUGCCCUCUCUCUCCAUCAAGUCACUCGUGUCCCUCAAUAUGGACUCCAAUGCGAUCACGUCACUAACCUCUGCCGCCGCUGCCGGUCCGUGGCAAGGCAUCCCCAACAUCACGACCUUAUCGUUCGCCCACAACCGCCUCACCGACCUCCCGUCGACGUGGCCGCCCUACCUCCAAACCUUGUGCGGCCUUCUUCGUCCUCCGCCUCCCUUCUUCCCCUCGUCAUACUCACGCUCCCUGUGUAGAAACCUACAGCACAAUGCACUCACCAAAGUCAAUUUCACGGCGCUGCCCCCAUCCCUGUCGUUCGUAUGCUUGGGGGGAAACAACCUCACGCUCAUCGCCGCGUCGUCCGCCGCCUUUGAAGUGCUCAAGAAACUGUCGCAGCCCCAUGCUGACGCGGGGCACGCGUCCUCCACGUGCGACGACUCGGCGCCGUUCGCGUCCCCCAACCUCCCCACACCGCAGUGCCCGCCCCCCACAAAGCUCGAAACGCUCUGGGGCGUCUACCCCAUCUGCGUCACACCCCCAACAACGUCGUCGUCCCUAGACGGAUCCAAGUCGGGCGCGUCCGUCGUGGUCGUGUCCGUCGCGUUGGCAUUGAUCAUGCUGCUUCUGCUCGCGAUUUGCAUCCAACGGCGCCGCGCGCGACUCUCCCCCAACUGGUACGACGAAGUGGACCACAAGUAUUAUGGCGCUGUGGAUGCGGCGCUCGUGGACAACGACGUCCGGUUCGACGACAUGUACGCGGCAUUCCAGAUCCCAGCGCCGUCGAUCGUGCGGCACCAUGUGCUGGCGCGCGGGGGGUUUGGCAUCGUGUACCUGGCAACGUUGCACCCGAGUCCGGCUUAUCCGAUUCUGUCGGCACCCGUGUCGGUCGCGAUGAAGCGGAUGCUGCCGGAAAAGGCGAGCGAAUUGCACUCGGUGGAGGACUUUAUGGAAGAGAUUCGGCUCAGUGCCCGCCUCUACCACAAGAACAUUGUCAAGUUCAUUGGGUUUUCGUGGACGACGCUGCAAAACUUGAGUGCGCUCACAGAGUACAUGGAGCACGGCGACCUGUGGAACUACAUGCAGGCGACGCCUCUGUUCUCGUGGGGCGUGUCCAAGCAGGUACACGUCCGCAUCAAUCGCCCCCGUCGUCCCCCUCCUCCCCCCCCGCCGCCGCACGACCACCAUCCGUCGUCUUCGUCGUCUGCUAUGUUCUCCAAGUCGAGCUUUUCGCACUCGGUGCAGAGUCUUACCAGCCACCCCGCGUCGACGCCUUCGACUUCGGACGAAGCCUCGGGCGGCGUCGUCCUCCCCGUGUCCAAGUUCACGAUGCUCUGCGACGUGGUGGAGGCGCUCGUGUAUCUCCACUCGAUGGACCCUGUGAUUAUCCACCGGGAUCUCAAGACCAAAAAUGUACUUUUGAAUGGCGUGGGGGUUGCCAAGCUCACCGACUUUGGCGUGUCCCGCGAAACGUCGGAGGACACGAUGACGGCCGAGAUUGGCACCGUGGCGUGGAUCGCGCCCGAGGUGCUCAAGGGGAUUUACUACUCGGAGAAGGCAGACAUAUACUCGCUGGGGGUACUCAUCUCGGAAAUGGACACGGCCGAAGUGCCGUACUCCAACUUGGACCAGAUCUUCCCAGAGUUCCGCGAACCCAUGGACAUCCACGCGGCCAAGACGCGCAUUGCGAUGCUGGUCGUGGCGGGGGACCUCCGUCCGUCGUUGACCCCCGCGUGUCCGCCGUGCAUCGUCGACAUUGCAUCGCGCUGUCUCAGCUACGACCCACACCGCCGCCCGCAUAUCCACCAAGUGUGGGACUGGCUCAAUCAAGUCAAGCACGCCAUGCUCGCUGCCGCCGCUGGCGGUGUCUAAUUUAUUACUACGCUCGGUAUAUAUAUAUAUAAACUGCACUAUCCCAAUAGACGAAAUACUGUAGCCCCCCCC